CAUCGUACCUCAACUCAAGUUAGUUUCUCAUGAUGAUUAAGUCUAUCUGUUUCGUAGCUCUUCUUAUCCUGACCGUUCAUGGUGGUAAGAAGGGAGGAUGCAAGAUCUCUCAAAAGAAGAUGCCAGCAACUUUAAAGAAGUUUGAUGCUUGCCUCGAAAAAGGAUUCAAAUCUGCACUUGAUAACUGCAAAUCAGCGGAAGGAAGUCUUAAGAUGUCAAAGAAGGAAACGAAGGGAUGUAAGAAGAUCGAGAAGAAGCUGAAGGCGUGUGAGCACAGUUGUGCCGAACCUUCUGUUGAUGGUGGAUGGACAGACUUUGGAAACUGGACAGAGUGCUCAGCUGAAUGUGGAACUGGAUCCCAGACAAGAUCAAGAAGCUGUUCUAACCCUACCCCAGCAAAUGGUGGAGAAGAAUGUUUGGGAGACGAUAACGAAAGCCAAGAAUGUAACACACAGGGAUGUCCAGUUAACGGUGGAUGGACAGACUUUGGAGACUGGUCAGAGUGCUCAGCUGAAUGUGGAACUGGAUCCCAGACAAGAUCAAGAAGCUGUUCUAACCCAGCCCCAGCAAAUGGUGGACAAGAAUGUUUGGGAGACGAUAACGAAAGCCAAGAAUGUAACACACAGGGGUGUCCAGUUAACGGUGGAUGGACCGACUUCGGAGACUGGUCAGAGUGCUCAAAUACAUGUGGAGCAGGAACCCAGGCGAGUUCGAGAAGCUGUUCUAACCCAGCCCCAGCAAAUGGUGGAGCAGCAUGUGAGGGAGACAGCAGUGUCAGCCAAGGAUGUAACACUGCUUCAGGCUGCUGCAGCGGAAACACUUGCUUUGGAGGAUCUAGCACUUUCGUUGCUCUGAAGAUAGGGGAGACAUUGUACUCAAACAACAGGAAGUAUCGUCUCGUCAUGCAAACUGAUAGCAACCUGGUCAUCUACUGUGAUGGUGGAAGCGCUAUUUGGAAUUCUGAUACCAUGGACAAAGGAGUACAGGAUGGUCUGUAUUUCCAGGGAGAUCAGAACCUUGUUCUGUACUACGACGGUGGACCUUGGUCAGCUAACUCCUACAACAGCGGAGGUAAGAACCUGGUCAUGCAGGAUGAUGGAAACCUUGUCCUCUACAAAGACAACGGUGAAGCAGUCUGGAACACUGAAACAGACGGUAAAUGCUAAUCUUUUACGUUUGAAACUCUUGGAUUAUUGUAGUGCAGUUCGGCUGUAAUUAACAGUAUGAAGUUUAAUUUUAGAAUUAAUAUUUUUAUUUGGAAAUUGAAAUCUCAUUUAAAAUACAUUGCUGUAGUGAUACAUUUUGACUAUUCGUUUAAAUUUAA